GGCUGGCUCUCGCGCUUCGGUUCGUGCGCGCGCGUUGCCGCCGCGCGCCAGAGAUGCACACGGUGCCAUUUUAUAUGUACACACCGUUGCGCCCUGCACAGCCAGCCGGACACACUCUCUCACGGAUCUCUUCACUCGUCGAAAGCUGUGCACAGAGAUAAAAAAUGAGUUCCAGCGCGUGUUACAAGUGUAACCGAAUGGGUCACUUCGCCAGGGAGUGUCCCCAGGGUGGUGCCACUGGUGGCCGAGGAGGAGACCGUCGUGAUCGCGAUGGAGGUUUUGGCAGGGGCCGUGAAAAGUGCUUCAAGUGCAACCAGUACGGACACUUCGCACGUGAGUGCAAAGAGGACCAGGAUCUCUGCUACCGUUGCAACGGAGUUGGACAUAUUGCAAAAGACUGCCAACAGGGACCCGAGAUGAGCUGUUACAACUGCAACAAAACCGGACACAUGGCUCGCAGUUGCCCAGAGAGCGGAAACGACUCGGGCCGCUUCAACAUGCAAAGCUGCUACACCUGCAACAAAACGGGACACAUCGCGCGCAACUGUCCCGAGGGCGGCGGCAAGACCUGCUACAUUUGCCACAAGACCGGUCACAUAAGCCGGGAGUGCGACCAGGACGACAGGAAGUAGGAGACCGCUGGAAUCCGUGCCGCUCGCUUAAACGAUAACGACAGUCGUCGUUUACCGUGUCUCGCGCGCGCGCCACUGCCAGGAAUUUUGUAGCUAGGUAGGGAUGCGAGACACAAGCUAUGAGAAUGAUCUUGAAGCAACAACAGCAACAAAAAUCCAUCUCUCUCCGAUGCUCCCAAGACUCCUGGACCAGUUCCUCCGUCUCUCAUUAUUCUCUCAAUGCCCAUUCCCACCCACCCGCCCCAAUCCGCCCUCGUCCAAAAUCCCAUUUCCCCAAGUUCAUAUUUUCUUCAGCAACAAGAGAAAGAAUAACAUCAGAACCCUCAUGCGAUUCCUGUAAUUUGUUCGCGCACGACUCGUGCACUCGAGUCGUGUUCUCUAUAUAUAAAUGAGCGUCCGAGUUUUUAUCUUUGUUAAUUCUCUUUCUUUGAGAUUUUUCCGAUAAGCAGGUAGCCCCCUUCUCUUCAUGCGUGUGCGCGCGCACAAUACAUUUACACAUCUAAAAGGAUUAAGUGGAUACCGGAGCUCUCUCUCUCUCUUUCUCUUAUAUCUUUUUAUUCACACGUCUUUAGUUAUUUUUCGUCGUUUACUUUGCCGGUUGAUCUGUCAAUUUUUUUGACUGAUGAUUGCAGUUGACUUGCAGUUGCAACGAUGAUUAUCUAGGAGGAAAAUCAUUUUUUACAACUUUGACUAGAAAUAUCGAAAAUUUGGAAUCAAAGAAAAAUAUUGUAAGGUGUGUUCUGAGAAAUAAAGAAAAUCAUUUUUCUAAUAGAUAAUUAUUUGUUCUAUUUUAAUGUACUGAUAAUUAUAUUCUUUUUUGAGUAAACUGUAAGCACUGGCGUUGGCAAUGCAUGAUGAUACAAUGUUUACAGGUGAAUCUCCGGGAGCCACUUAAGUAAGAAAUUAAAAAAAAAAAAUAAUAAUAAGUAAAGUAAAAAAAAGUAAAGGCAUACCGUGUACGUGCAAUAAUUUCACGUACUCGGAUUAUUAAUGAUGUAAUAAUAUUGUAACGUUCGAUUUAAAACUGUAGCGCUUAGAAUGAAAAAAACCAAGUCCUUGGGAUUGCCCCCUUACCUUUCCCCCUCAAUACCUUCUCCUGAUACCGUGACCUUAUCCACGGAAUAAUUAUUCUGUAUUCCCCAUCAUAUUUUCUUUUGUACGAUGCAAGGUGUUUGGAUAGCUAAGUUAGGAAACGAGAAAGACACGAGAUGAUGACACAUUGACAACGAAAGUGAGCGAAGUCGAACGAGCUAUAAUUUUUGAAUUAUAACUUAGUCAAAAAAGCUUAUGUCCAUUGUCGGUAAUGGAGCUCGUUUUAAUUUUGUUUUUAUUUAGUACAAAAUGACAGAUAACACGUGACUUGCGAAAUCUGAUAAUUUCCUCUUCUUUUUUUCUUUUAAUUGCUCGAUGGCGCGCGUUUAUUAAAGAAUUAAUUAAUUAAUAAUUAUUAUUAUUAUAUCUAUGCAUCUUGUAUCAGAUAAUGUCUCUCUUCGUUCUAGAGAGAAUGUCGUUCCAGUUUCCCUCUAUCUCUUCUCUUAUAUAAAGCUCAGUAGUUGUUUAAAGCUGACGAAAUUCGGAAGUAUAAGAUGAUUAAACAGAAAAGAAAAUAAUGCGAGAGCGCACGAGUUGUGCGUCGGCCCUAUAGAUGUGGAAGAAAGAAACGCGCGCUAAUGUAAACGUUAGGGUAUAUACAGAAAAUAAGGGUCCGCAGUUGAAAGCUCGUAAGAAUGUAAUGAGAUUGUACUGUAAUGGAGAGCGGAAGCAUUUUUUUCUAGCUGCUGCAAGCGAGCUAGCAGGUCAUUAGAUCCAGUGUAACAAUAUCUCGAGUGUGUUUGUAAAUGAAGCCACAUUAUGGUCGUGAGGCUGAAUGUUGGGUCCAAUCGAAGUGAAGGUGUAUUUUUUUUUUCAUUAAAAUCCCAUUUUUUCGACAAAACAUCUCUGACAAUAGUUUUUUGUUUCCUUAUUACUUAUAUCUCACUCACUCUUGGCGAUUUCUGUGAUUUUCAUCGUGAUGAUAUAUGGCAUGUAGAUGAUGACUGUGUACAUAUUUCUCACAUUCUGUGUAUACUCAUGAUCAAAUUCAUUGCAGUCGCUGAAGAUAUGUCUCGUGUGUGUGUGUGUGUGUGUGUGUAUACCAUCGACACAUCUCUGUAAUACUUAUACUACUUAGAUCUAUAAAUGUGAGUAUCUACUGUGUAUGCAUCAUUUCAGGCUUAUAUUUUGACAGUGUGUUUUGCAAACAAGAUAUAAAAUACCAUUGCCGAUGUGACGACGACGACGACGACGACGACGACGCUGAUGACGAGUUCUCAUUACAUUUUUACAGUUGAGAGUAAAUAAUUCCUUAUUACUACAUCGCAUUUAAGUACGUGCAUAUAUACAUGCAGGAGCUGUAUUUUGUAUUGUAAAAAGUUAGAUAUACUGUGGUCGUUGCUGGUGACUGAUGCCGAUUUGUGUACACCUUUUUUUACAUGUAUAAAAUUGUACAGAAACUUAUAGAUCCACAUCACACAAGGAAUGCCAUCUAUAGAUUCCCGUACACUUUUGUAUGUUAUUUUGUAGGGUAACAAUUUUUCCUCUUACGUUUUCUCUCAUUCAGACUGAUGUACCGCACUCGUUUUCAUCCAACGCAAAAAAAAAAAAAAAAAAACGACGAAAGAUAUAAGUAUAAAAGAUGAAGAAUAAAAAAGGAAACAUGACGAUGAACUUUUCGCUAUAUAGUGACGACGUGUGAUAUUUUGUAUUUUUUACAAAAUAAUAUUUACUUAUUUAUCGACGGUCGCACAGGAGAAUCAAAUUUGUAGAUACUUAACGAUUAUGAUAAAACUAUGUUACUUAUAAAUGCAAUCAGGAUGAUAAUACAUGAUGCGUAUGCGCGACGAUGAAAAGGCGCGCGUACAGUGUGGUAUAUUUUUACAGAAUAGAUAACGAUUCGUUGAAAUGGGGAGUGAAGUAAUAAUAGCAGGUAGAAGGUGGAAGCAGCUGCAGCAGAAAGCGAGAAAGAACCGCGAUGAGGACGAUAAUGGGGCAACCGCCUUAUUUUUUUGACUGAAAUCACUUGUGAUGUAAAAGUUUCGCGCGACGAGUGUGUUUAUUGCAUAUAGACUCUCAACCAUAUAAGUGUGCGUGACUGAUGAUUAUAAAAAACAAAAGAGUUGAUAAAAUAAUGGUCCUGCGUUUAUGCAUGAUGGGGUUUCGCAUGCACACAUAAGUUGAGUGCAUUUUUAUAAGUCCUCUAAUCUAAACGAGAAAGACACGAUAAAUGGAUAAAAAAAAUAGCGACGACGACGAAAAAAAAAAAGAAACGUGGAGGAUGACGAUGUGUAACGUUACUUGUGCGUGGUAAUCUAAGUCAGUGUUUUAACCAGCAGCGACAAUGCGUAUAGUAUAUUGUACAAAAGUCGGGAAGCCCAAUAAUCGCACACACACUAACACUGCUUCUAAUAUGCACACUUGAUCUCAUUUAUUGUAGAACUGAGGAUUGCGCGACUUGCAUUUAAAACUAAUAUAGAACUUUAGCGUCGAUUUUGUUACGAGAGGACAGAGAAGGAAUACAGUAUAAAAAUUUAGCUUACACAGCGCGACAGCCAGAUACGAGCUUUUAACGCAUGUCACACGCAUCAACGGGCUCCUGUACUUUUGUCGACUUUGCAUGACUUUAGUACGAAUGUUGUAAAAAAAAAAAAGAGAAAAAAAUUA